AUGGCAUUUUGGUCCAGCACUUCGGUUUUCACCUCUAAAGUGCCCCGGAAAAUCUUAUUCAUGUUCACCCUCUCCCUCUCUGUCACCUACCUGUUCUAUAGCUUGAUGAGCUGCUACAACUCGCUGCAGUUCCCCCUGCAAGAGAACUACGUCUAUCAAGGGAGGCUGGUGACGGAGGAGACAACUUUUGUGACAUUGAGGGAGAAACUUUAUUCCGCCUCGCAGGGCUUUACCGAAUUCACCGAAGCCGAGAGAACCACCGCGGUCUCCGCCGUGAGGGAUCAUGCCGAGGCCGAACAAAGGACGAUGGAGUGGAUUAGGACCCAGGCGUCUCCAACUAAAUCCGCGGCGGCGUAUCGCACCACCGCGCUGGAGAGGGAGCACCAGGAAUUCAGCACCACGGACAGCGAACUCAGGGUGAACUGCACCAUGGAUUACGGAGAGAAGAAACUUCCCCAAGCCAUCAUCAUCGGGGUGAAGAAAGGGGGGACUAGAGCCCUGCUGGAGGCUCUCAGGGUGCACCCGGACGUCAGAGCGGUUGGAAACGAGCCACAUUUCUUUGACAGGAACUACGAGAAGGGGCUGGACUGGUACCGAGACCUGAUGCCUUCGACGCUGGAGGGGCAGAUCACCAUGGAGAAGACACCCAGCUACUUUGUGACUAACCAUGCCCCAAAGCGGAUCCACUCCAUGGCCAGGGACAUCAAGCUUAUUAUUGUGGUGCGUAAUCCUGUCACUAGAGCCAUUUCAGACUACACACAGACUUUGUCCAAGAAACCUGAGAUCCCCACCUUCGAGGUUCUGGCUUUUAAGAACCGGACGCUGGGUCUUAUAGACGCUUCAUGGAGCGCGUUGCGUAUAGGAAUAUAUGCGCUCCACUUGGAGAGCUGGAUGCAGUAUUUCCCUCUUUCCCAAAUGCACUUUGUGAGCGGCGAGAGGCUCAUCGUGGAUCCCGCGGGCGAGAUGGCCAAAGUGCAGGACUUCUUGGGACUCAAACGGAUCGUCACAGACAAACACUUUUACUUCAAUAAAACGAAAGGAUUUCCGUGUCUGAAGAAGCCGGAGGACAGCAGCACUCCCAGAUGCCUCGGCAAGUCGAAAGGGAGAACUCACCCUAAAAUCGAGCCGGACGUGAUUCGGCGGCUGCACAAGUUCUACAAACCCUUUAACAUGAUGUUCUACCAAAUGACCGGCCAGAACUUUGAAUGGGAGCUGGAGGAGGACAGUGAAUCUCGUAGCUCUCAGGACUAG